AUGCUCCUGUCCAUGUAUCGACAUGUUCCACGAUCCCUGUCACCGAUCGUUGGGGCGCCGCGGGUCGUCAACAUCACCGCCAGACCUCCCAGGUUGAACCGCCCUCUCCCGGCCUUCCACUCCGCCCGAGAUUUCUCCGCUUCCUCCCUGCUCAAUGCCCCUGAUCCUUUGGACCAGGAUGCAGGUGCCGGAGAACGGAGUCAAUCCAACGACUCCGAUCCCACCUUGAAAGGAACCAUCCUCCGUAUGUUCGAAACGGCGGCCACCACAUUUGCUUCUAUCGCCGUUCUUGGCAUCGCCGGAUAUUCUUACCACCAAUACUACAAAUACAUCAUUCUGCAGAAGAUGGAAAAUGCUUUCAAGCCCGGCGACCCAGCCUUAGAAGUGGCCGGCGUCACGCCGCCCGGACAGAAGGACUACCACCAUGAAGACCAUUGGGUCCUUCGGGAUGAACAGCCUCGGAUCGAUCAAAUUAUCUCUGGUCACGGAGGCGGUCGUUAUUUCCUCAUCAUUGGCGAGAAGGGCACUGGAAAGACGUCUAUGCUGCUUGAGGCCAUGCGGAAGAUUAACGGGGAAGGAUGUGCCAUGUUUGAGGCCCACGGUGACCUCGAGAUCUUCCGGAUCCGUCUUGGAAAGGCAUUGGACUUUGAAUUCCAUGAAGAGUAUGGACCCAUACAUUUUUACAUUGGAAGUCUUUUCAGUAUCAAGGGCCCUCGCGAUACGACUCCUCUCUUGGAUAUCGAGCGCGCCCUCAACAAGCUAGAGAAGGUUGCGAUGACAAGACGGAAGAGGGGCAAAACACCCUUGAUUUUGAUCAUCAACAGCACCCAUCUGGUCCGGGAUGACCACGACGGCCAGGACCUUCUGGAGAUGAUCCAACAGCGCGCCGAGCAGUGGGCAGCAAGCAACCUGGUUACGACUGUCUUGAACAGCGACGACUACUGGGUUUACGAACGCUUAAAGCGGUACGCGACCCGCAUGGAAGUGAUCCCUGUGUCGGAUCUUCCCAAGGGGCGCGCGAUUGACGCCCUGCGGCGGUACCGACAGCGGUACUUUGGCGAGGAGCUGUCCUACGACGUUUUGGAGCAAGUCUACGACAAGGUUGGCGGCAGACUGUCCUUCCUGAACCGCGUCGCCAAGGCGCAAGACUUCAUGAAGCUCUGCAACAGUAUCUGCCAGGCCGAGAAGACCUGGUUCUUGAACAAAUGCUGGAUUCUGGGUACGGAGAUGGACGAUGACGUGAUGGACGAGCAGAAGUACUCGUCUGCGGCCAUGGUGCUUGCCAGGGCACUGGUGGAGAAGGAAAAGGAAAUGGAGAAGACCUACGAUCCCAAGCUAGGCCAUAUUCUUCCCGAGAUCCCGCUGCACAAGGCUCGGGAGAUCAUGACGAGAGCGGAUUUCAUCCAGAGCUACGAUCACGAGAACAUCUUCACCAUCGACUCGCGGGCGAUGGUGCGCGCCGACUCCGUGCCAAUGCAGAACGCCUUCCGCGAAAUCUGUUCCUGGCCUGGAUUCGACGAUCAUCUGGAGGGCACUCUGGAACGGAUCGGCGAUAUUGAAAGCUUGGGUCGCACCAGGGAGCUGACCAUCAAAGAUCUGUGGAACCAGGGCAAAUACCAGCUGGCGAUGCGGGACCACAAGGGACGGGAGAGCGGGAUUGCGGAGUUCUCGGUGGUGGAGAAACCGGAGGAGGAUGACGAGGGAAAGAAGGAUGAUUGA